AUGGGUAAAAGAGCUCAAAUCAUUGUCGAUAAGGCAUUACGACUCAAGGAGGAUGACCAGUCCGAACCGAAAAGACUGAAACUCAACCAAUGUAAUGAAGUGGGUGCAAACAUUCAGAACUUUGAGAAUAAAAAAACGAACAACCAGAUCAUUCAAGUUCCGAAUCUUGAAGACCCAACUAUCACCGAAUCAAGUCAGAAUAUAAUAAUCAAGGAAAUUCUUGUGUUCAAAAGUCCAAUCGAAAAAAUUCAGAUUCCUAGGCUAUGUUCAUCAGGGAUACACACUGAUGAAAACAAGGAGAAUGAAUUGAGAAAUAAACAUUCACCUCUGAAUUUGAAAGUGAUAGUUGAAGGAGUUCCUAUUAUUGACGAAUUCAAUGAAGGCAUCGUAAUUUCUCAUCCAAUUAGCCCAGGAACGAACAUUAUGAAUACAGAACAUAAAGAACCAGAAAACUUGGAGUUUCAAUGCCAGAACAAUGAAGACUUACUUGAAGAAAUUGCGAUUCCUGAUGAGGACUCACUUGAAGAAAUGGUUAUUGAUAAUAAUUACAAUAAUUACGAAUUAAAUAACAUUGAACAGGAAAUACAAAACGAAGAUUCCGAUGAUAGUAUGAAAGACCGAGACUAUAUUCCUGAUUCGGAAAGUGUUAGUAGUUUAGAGGAAGGAGAAGUUGACUUGCUAUUUGAUGAAGAGGAGAUUGAGAGGAAGCAGAAAUUAAAGCAAGAAAAGGAAAAUUGGAAAGGACGUUCCAAGAAAGGACGGAAUAAUAAAUAUCCUGGACAAACUUUUGCCACAAGAAAGAAAUUGAAAGAUGCCAAUAAGACUCACUACACUGUCAAAGGAAAAUUGAAAGAAGCCAAACAAUUCAUCGACUACAAAUGCAGCUGUCUGAAAAAAUGCAGUGAAAAAUUAUCAGGAGAUGAAAAAGGAAUAUAUUUCAAAAAUUUUUAUGAUUUAGCAUCAUACGAUUUGCAAACUAGUUAUAUCGCAGCAACAGUCAAAGAAAUGCCUAUUAAGAGAAAACGAGCUAAAAAUGGUCCAGGUUAA